AUGCCUAGAACAACACCGAUUGCAAUGACCCCUUAUCAAAUGGCUCUGAAAGAAUUGAGUGCGUUAAAGACUCACUUACAACAGUUAUUGGAUAAGGGAUUUAUCAGACCUAAUAUGUCACAUUGGGGAGAUUCAGUAUUGUUUGUAAAGAAGAAAGAUGGGUCUAUGCGUCUCUGCAUUGAAUAUCAACAGCUCAACAAGGUAACAAUCAAGAACAAGUAUCAUUUCCCCAUAAUCGAUGAUUUGUUUGAUCAGUUAAAAGUAGCAUUAGUAUUCUCUAAGAUCGAUUUGCGCUAUGGUUAUCAUCAAUUGAAGAUUCAGGAAAUAGACAUUCCAAAUACGACUUUUAGGAUGAGAUAUGAUGGGAUUUGGGUAUAUCCUCAAAAGAUAAAAGCAAUAUUAGAUUGGGAAAUUCCAAAUAAUGUGUCAGGAGUUCAGAGUUUCCUAGGUCCUGCAGAUUACAAGAAUUUGAAGUAUUUGAUGAUUCAAAAAGGGUUAAAUUUGAGGCAGCGAAGAUGGGUUGAGUUCCUCAAAGAUUAUGAUGUGGUAAUUGACUUUCAUCCCAGAAAAGAAAAUGUGAUAGUUGAUGCUUUGAUUCGGAAAACGUUCUCAGCUUUACAAGCUUUAGAUGUGAAGUUAUCAUUAAAUGGAGGUGGUGCAUUAUGUGCAGAAUUAAAACUUAAGCCUACACUAUUGGAUUGA